AAGGUGAUUCUCUGGGGACUGAGGAGCGUGAGGGCCCAGAUGAUGAAGGCUCCAUGCUCUGAUGAGGAGGCCCAGGGCUACAGGCUGAGUAUGGGGGCGAGCCUGGUCCUGGCCUCCAUGGGCUUCAUCAUGAUGGUGGCGGGCUCCAUUGACACCAAGUGGAUGAUCCUGGAGAGGUCCAACGGGAAGGAGCCCAUCCUCAUCAGCCCCUGGCUGGUCUGCGUCAAGCAGAACUGCAGCAGAGAGACCACCACAGUGGAUAUAAGAGUGACCCAAAUGCUCAUGGUCACGGCCCUGAGCCUCUCCCUCCUCCUGGCCCUCAGCCUGGUGUUGGACUACCUCCGGAUCGUUUCGUGGUUGGCCAACCACCACCUCACGUUGGCCAUCCUCAGCUUCCUCACAGUUUUCUUCCUGCUCCUCGCAAUGCUGAUACUCAACAGACGUCUGAUGCACGUAUACAAAAACUUCUACAAGAUUACCAUCUUCUGGCCUUGUUACACCAUCUGGGUCUGCUUCUUCCUGUUCGUCAGCUCAGGGAUCUUGUGUUUUCUCAACUACCAGAACUGCAAGUAUCGCGCCAAGAGGGCCUCCGCGGUGCCAGGAGAGGUCCAGGUCCAGCUAAGCAGACAAGGCAGCGCCGUCACAGAGGGAAGCAACUCCCAGCUAAGCCAGGGCCCGUCCUCCACAGGCUCAACCCAAGCCUCAGUUGCCUCUGGCUCACUUCUCGUCCCCAGGCCCCAGAAGGCCACCUUCAUGGUGCUCAAGUCUUCCUCCGGGCUUACCGCUCUGCCCUUCUGAACGACCCAAUAAACUAUUAAG